AAACUUACCAAAUUAUGACUGGAGAGGGCUGGGGUGGGGCGGUGUGGGUGGCGGGAGUCUGUUGCAGAUCCGCAGCUGGAGCCAGGAGGCCCCACCCUCCUCAGAGCCAGGCCAGGGAUCCCUGCCUGCCUCUCACUUUUAUUAUUUUGGCGGGCAUUGAGAAGUUAAUCUUUCUCUACUGGAGCGGCUUCCCUUUUUUUUCACCCUGGGAGGACGCCAACAGGAGUCCUCCAGUUGCCGUGAAGUCUGCCAUGACCAGCUGUGAGCACCCCGACUUCCUGCAGCAGGAUGAUAACAUGUUCAGCUGCCAAGUUGAUGGCCGAGGCAAGAAGAAGGAUGAUCAGCCCGGGAGUCCCAGCAGCAGCCACCUGGCCUAUGGCAUCUUGGACGUCCCACCAUGGUAUCUCUGCAUCCUCUUGGGGAUCCAGCACUUCCUUACAGCCCUGGGGGGGCUCGUGGCAGUGCCGCUCAUUCUGGCCAAGGAACUGUGUCUGCAGCAUGACCCCCUGACCCAGAGCUACCUCAUCAGCACCAUCUUCUUUGCCUCUGGCAUCUGUACUCUCCUGCAAGUCUUUUUCGGAGUCAGGCUGCCCAUUCUCCAGGGAGGUACAUUUGGUUUUGUGGCACCCUCCCUGGCCAUGCUGUCCCUUCCUGCCUGGAAAUGCCCCGAGUGGACACUCAAUGCCAGCCAGGUAAACACCAGCUCUCCUGAAUUCAUCGAGGAAUGGCAGAAGAGGAUCCGAGAGUUGCAGGGUGCCAUCAUGGUCGCUUCCUGUGUCCAGAUUCUAGUGGGCUUCUCAGGCCUCAUUGGCCUUCUCAUGCGCUUCAUUGGCCCCUUGACCAUUGCUCCGACCAUCUCCCUGGUGGCCCUGCCUCUCUUCAGUUCUGCGGGCAAUAAUGCCGGGACCCACUGGGGGGUUGCUGCCGUGACCAUCUUCCUCAUCGUGCUGUUUUCUCAGUACCUGAAAAAUGUCGCAGUGCCCAUGCCCAUUUAUGGACGAGAGAAGAAGCUUCACACCUCUAAGUUCUACCUGUUUCAGGUCUUCCCUGUGCUGCUGUCGCUCUGCAUCUCAUGGCUCCUCUGCUUCGUGCUCACAGUCACCAAUGCCCUCCCCAAGGACCCCACAGCCUAUGGGUACCCGGCCCGCACCGACACCAAAGCCAACGUCCUCAGCCAGGCGCCUUGGUUUCGCUUUCCUUACCCAGGACAGUGGGGCCUGCCCACCAUCAGCCCGGCUGGGGUCUUUGGGAUCAUGGCAGGGGUGAUCUCCUCGAUGGUGGAGUCAGUAGGCGAUUAUUAUGCCUGUGCCCGGCUGGUGGGGGCCCCACCCCCUCCGAAACACGCCAUCAACCGUGGCAUCGGCAUUGAGGGCCUUGGCUGCCUGCUGGCAGGGGCCUGGGGGUCAGGGAACGGCACCACCUCAUACAGCGAGAAUGUCGGGGCUCUGGGGAUCACCAAGGUGGGGAGCAGAAUGGUGAUUGUUGCUGCAGGCUGUGUGCUGCUCCUGAUGGGAGUAUUUGGGAAGAUUGGGGCUGCAUUUGCAACUAUCCCAACACCUGUGAUCGGAGGCAUGUUCCUGGUGAUGUUCGGGGUCAUCGCUGCUGUGGGAAUUUCCAAUCUGCAGUACGUGGACAUGAACUCAUCCAGGAACAUUUUUGUCUUUGGCUUCUCCAUCUUCUGUGGGCUUGCCGUUCCCAACUGGGUGAACAAGAACAGUGAGAAGCUCCAAACAGGGAUUCUCCAACUGGACCAGGUCAUCCAGGUGCUGCUGACCACGGACAUGUUUGUAGGCGGAUUUCUGGGCUUUCUACUGGACAACACCAUCCCAGGAAGUCUGGAGGAGAGAGGCCUCCUGACAUGGAAUCAAAUCCAUGAGGAGUCUGAGGAGACUGCGAAGGUGUCAGAGGUCUACGGCCUCCCCUGUGGGAUUGGCACAAAGUUCUGCACUUCCUCCUAUACCCGGUACCUCCCCUUCUGGCCCAAACUGGAACAUCGUGGGAGAGCUGAGGUGGGAGCGUGCCAGCUUACCCUCUACUCCCAGGAUUCCUCAGGAGAGUGCCUCAAAGUUGCCACAGAAACCAAGAUGUAAGGAGAACUCUCUGCACUGUGGGUUGGAAUGUAAAUUGGUAAAACCACAAUGGAAAACAGUAUGGAGGAUCCUCAAAAAUUUAAAAACAGCCACAUGACCCAGCAAUUCCACUUCUGGGUAUUUAUCUGAGGAAAAUAAGAACACUAAUUCAAAAACAUAUAUACAUCCCCAUGUUCAUUCCAGCAUUAUUUACGAUAGCCAAGAUAUGGAAACAACAUAUGUCCAUUGAUGGAUGAAGAUAGUGUGGUGUCUAUAUAUAUAUGUAUGUAUGUAUAUAUCUGUAUAUAUACACACACACAUACACACACAAUAGAAUAUUAUUCAGUCAUAAAAACAAAUGAAAUCUUGCAACUUGUGACAACAUGGAUGGACCUCGAGGGCAUUAUUCUAAGUGAAAUAAGUCAGACGGUUCUGCCCUGGUGCAGCAAGAGUAGUGGCCACAGGGUCCAAAUUCCCUGCUAAGCCACAUAGGAGAUCUCUGUGAAACUUGUUAGGGCCCUUUUGGCUGGAAAUUAGAAAAGUGUAACUCAAAACAUGGGAGAUGGGAUUUAUUGGUUCUUGUAACUAGGAAGGAAGGAUACCGGGAGAACUUACAAAACCAUAGAAGGAAUCCUAUGAACAAAGGAUGAUACAGGUAGAUAGUAUAAAAUCCAAAAGGUCCAGGAGAGCAUACAUGAACAGCAAGUCUGUCUCCCACCUCUGUCUGCCCCACCCUGUAGAAAAUCUACAAGGGGGCACUUAGUUUUACCUUUUCCCCCAGCUUCCUUUUUACAAUUCUUGACUCUGCUCAGGCCUAUGCAGCUACCCCUGGCAAACUUGAGACAUCCAUGCUGUGACCAUCCAACAAUGAAGCUCACGGCAGCACAACCUGGCCCCAAAUCCGGACCCCACUGCUCCAUCUACAGUGGGAUGAGUCACUUUGCUACAACAAGGAGGAAGGAUGUGGGUACUCCUCUUUCAUAAGAAUGGCCAAUGCACACUGAAUUCAUCUAAAUCUUACAAAGAUCCCCUCAGAUUGGUCACUUUUAUUAUCCCUGUUUUACAGACAACAAAACAGGGUAGAGAGAGGCUCAAGGUCAGAGCUAGUAAAAGCUAUGGUCAGGAUUUGAACCCAGCCCAUCAUGCUAUUCUGGUGCGCUCUGGAAUCUCAGAUGCCUGAGCCAGAGGGAGGGAAGUUCCUGAUCCAGACCCUGCUCACCCACCUUCCCGUCCUUGCCAAUGCUGUACACGGUGUUCUCGUCGUAGCUGAACUCCACCGAGUAGACCUCCCCGCAGUGGGCCCUCCAGCUCAUCGCGCACUCGUGCUGCUGCAUAUCUGAGGCAACAGACGCCACUAAGAUUCCCGCCCGGGCCCUGGGGAGGCAUCUGCCCAUGACAGGAGGCACCUGCCGAAGAGGCCAGGCUGCCCCUGAGCCUCACAAGCAGCUUCUUUCCCUAGGUCAUAAGUAAGGUUCAGCAAUCCCUGGGCAGAGCCCGUAUGUCUAGGAGGACACACAAGUCCUUCCUAGGAGGCCUCUGUAACUUCCCACCAGGGCACCCUGGGGAUCUGUUAAAGACACAGUCACUAGUCCCAUCCCAGACCCUCCGACUCUGGGUCUCCUGGGACAGGCGCAGCAUGAACAUAUUUAAACAGCACGCCAGAUGAUUCCAGUGCACACUGUUGUAAUGCUUUUAUGUUAUAAUCAACUAGCCGCACCAAGAGGACAGGACAGCAUUACUCUCGUGUGUCCUCUUGUCCUCUUGGAUCUCACUUAGGCCUGAGGACUCAGAUGGAACAGCUCAAGACAGAUGGGCUGCUAAGCUCCACCCCUCCUGCGUCCACUGAAACUGACCAUGUGCAAGGUGAUUACAGAGGGUGUUCUGGAAACAGCAGACCCUGACCAAAGUUAAUCUCUAUUAUGAGCAUCUUGAAUUGGGUUUGCUAGCCUAUAGUCCAGCGGGAAAAACCCAGCUCUCUUCCCUGGGCCAUUUAAGGAGGGGACCAGGAUUGCCAUGAGCACACUUGCUUACCAAACAGCCGGAUGACGCCGUCAGCCGCCCCUGUGACCAGCAAGUUCCCAUUGUGAUUGAAGGCUGUGCAGUUGAUAGCAAUGGGCUCUGGAUCCAGGGAGAACUGGAGCUAGCAAAAAACAAAUAAAUAAAUUAAUUAAAAAAUUUAAUGGAAUAAUAAGCCAAAAUUCAAGACAGUUCUCUCUGAUAGGAGGUAGGAGACAGAGAUUGGGGAGGGGCACACAAAAAAUACUGGUAAUGUUUCAUUUUUAAACUGUCGUGGUAUAUAGGUGCUUAUUUUACUGCUUUUCUUCUCAUUAUACCAUAUAUCUAUGAUUCCAAUAUUCUCCUGUAUGUAUUCAAUAUUUACUUUGUAAUUUUAAAAUAACAAGUGAACAUAAAUUACAAA